AUAGCUUCAUAUUGUUUCUUGUGUCUCGUUAACUCCUUUUAUGUUUCCCCCAGCUUGGAGUGGCCUUGGGCUUCGUACUGCCCCCGAUGUUGGUGCGAGCUACUGGGACCAUCGAGCAGAUUGGAGCUGACUUCCAAGUGAUGUUCUAUCUAGUCGCUGGCGUUACUAGUGUGCUGUUCGUUUUGAUUCUGCUAUUUUUCAAAGCAGCGCCACCGAGCCCGCCUUCGGCAGCUGCUGACAUGGGUUCCAGUCUGGACUCCAACUUUAUCCAGUCUAUCAAGAAACUUAUGACAAAUCGAAACUACGUUCUCCUACUGAUCUCUUACGGGCUCAACGUUGGUGUCUUCUAUGCCAUCUCCACGUUGCUCAAUCAGCUCGUCUUGAUGUAUUAUCAAGGCGCAAACGAAGAUGCUGGUCGCAUUGGUUUGGUGAUGGUGGUUGCUGGUAUGAUAGGGUCUGUGAUGUGUGGCCUUGUUUUGGACAAGACACAUCGCUUCAAAGAGACCACACUGGCUGUCUACGCCGCAUCUGCCGUGGGCAUGGUCGUCUUUACCUUUACGCUAAAUUGUGGCAUCAUUGGAGUUGUGUAUUUGAGCAGCAUCCUCCUUGGAUUCUUCAUGAACGGCUACCUGCCCGUCGGCUUUGAGUUCGCUUCUGAAGUGACGUAUCCUGAACCUGAAGGAACUACAUCUGGCAUCCUUAAUGCUGUCGUUCAGGUAUUUGGCAUUCUGUUGACGUUGCUGUACGAGUGGAUGCUAAGCGCAGUACACGACCGCUGGGCUAACCUCACUCUAUGCGCGCUGCUGGUACUUGGCACCGCCAUCACCGCAGCCAUCCGCCCAGACCUACGCCGCCAAGCCGCUGAAGCAAAAGCCUAAACCAACUAUAGAACGUUGAUGUCAGGACUUCUGAUGGUCUUUAAUACCUACUACAUACACGUAUGUUCCUUAGGUCACGUAAUGACAAUAUCCAAAGAAGGAUCUAAUGGUGUUGGGUGAUUGAUAGAUACCUACAUCGAAAGAAGACGUCAUUGCGACUCUUUUUCUUGACCGUAAUGAACAUUUAUUUUAACGUUUACCUUACUUAAAUUCCCAAAAAUCUACAAAAUCGUUAUUUAUAUUUUAACUUAUAGUGUGUCAUUUUAUAACUAUGUAUUUACGUCGCAAUUAAAGUGUAGAGUAUGAUGUUUUACAAAGCGCCUAUUAAUAUUAUAUUUCUUAUAGAUUUUAGUAUCUAAAUUUACAACAAAGUAGAAGACGUUUAGAACGUCCGUAAAAACCCUUGAAAAUGAAAUACCCAAGAGUAAAUUUGGUAGCUAGAUAAUUAUGUAAUCGCGACAAUAACGUGUGACUGUAUUUUAUUAGAUGACUUGCCAAAAAUACUGUGGUAAGAUGGUUUUUCAGGAAUGUAGGAACCAGAAGAGUUCGAACGUAUUUUGUAGGUAGACGUUUUACUACGUAAACUGUAGGUAUUUAAGAUAAAUUUUAAAUAAUUAUUAUAAUCUCUUAUUUUGAUAUAGGCGUUUGGUAGUAGGUAUACCUACCUAUUAUAAAAAACAAGGAAUAAAUAAAAAGCUUGAGUAAUACUCAGAUACUUGUUUGUCAUUGAAAAGCUUCAUUUAGAAUAGUAGAUUUCUGGCUCUGUAUUGGUUUUAAUUUUUAUUAUUGAUUGAUCUAAAGUUAGUAGUUUUUGCCUAAUUAAAAAAGCUGUUUAACUUACCUACAUAUAAAAACAAAAAUACAUUUUUUUCUUGGACAAAAUCUCGACCAGUGAUUUUACUUUUCUUCUCAGUUGUUAUAUUCUUAAUUGAUAGCGUGGUCGUGGUCCUGUUGUGAUUUGUUGUGAGCGUGGGUGUGUGUGAUUUUUGUUAAUUUAUUGGAUUAACUUAAAUUUGGUUUGAUGAACCUAUGAGGUCAUAAAAUAAUGAUAACUUGAGAUUUAGCAGGUAUUUUCAUGUGAUUUUUAAGUAGGCGAUAGUUAGUGUAAUUUAGAGUUUACUUAGAAAAUAGUCUUAGGAGAACUUUGCCUUUAUUUGCUUUUAAGUAUAUUUUUGAGCUAUGAACAAGAAAAUCCUAUUUUAGAUUCCAUAGGUACUUACCUACCUAUAUCACCUAAAUGUUCAGUAAGAUUAAACUUAUUUCGGUGUUAUCAUAAUGAGUCUAUAGCGAAAAUAUCUAAGGAAAUAUUGACGUCAUAAAUUGUCAACAAUUAACUUCAUGAAACCAAUGAACUUUAAUCAUUAUCCUAUUUAAAUUAUUUAAUCAAAUGUAAAAUUUACCUAUCCCUAUAAUUCUGUUAAUGAUUAUAUGCACGCUGGCAGAUUUCAUUUCUGAUAAUUAGAAAACAGGCCUAUAUGAUAAUUUAUGGAAGGCUGUAUCUGUGUAAAAGAUGUAACUCUUCUUAUUUGUAAUAAAUAGGUAACACAAAACAUAAGUUGAAAGUAGUUAUAAUUAAUUGUGUACAUAAAUGCGUGUGCGUGUCUAUUCAAGGCUUGUGAAAAGUUAUUUCGACGUAAAUUACCUUAAAUUAAAAGGUAACUUAUAUGGUCGUCUUUACAAUAUUAUACUAUUAACUAAAUUAUUUGUGGCCUAUAUAUUUUAUAUAAAAUUUUGUAAUAAUAUGUGACCCAACAUGUGAGUAAAACAGUAUUAUUAAAAAUGUAAUAAUAACAAUAUAAUUUAUUUCUGUAUAAUCACAUUAAAUAAUGACUAUUUCAAAUAGUUGCUUGCGAUGCAUUUGUAGUCUUAUCACUGUUCUGAUAGUAGGUAAGUGAACAUUAGGACAAUUUUAAUUUAUUUAAAAAUGAUUGUUAUUUUAUAAUUUCCAUGUUUAUGCAAUAAACAUGUUUGUAAUAAAUGAUUAAAAAUGACUUUGUAAAGAACAGCAUUCUAUUUGCGAAUUAUUGUUAUUAUUUUAGCGUUCCUGUAAAUAUAAUAAUCAUCUUGGUAGAUUAAGUGAUUUCAGAAUGUAUAAGCAUUCCAUUAUAUGCCGAGACCGUAGUAUUAUAUAAAUAUUAAUGCCUAUUACCGAAUCUAUCGACAAUAAUGAAGGAACAAUGUUUUUAAAAUAAGUUUUGUAGUUGGCCUACUAUAUCAAACUUUCCAUAACUGUCUAAUCACUUCUUAAAUUAAAAACUAGAUCCUAAUAAUACCUAAGUUAUUUUUUUACAAUAAUCGUCUCAGCUUCAGAUUUAAAAAGAUCGAACGAAUGCAUGAAGCUUAAUUUUGGACUAAAUUAUUUAAAAACAAAGUUACAUUAAAAUUGUAAGCAAAUACGAUUUUUAGGUAUAUUUGUAUUGCUUAUUAUGUAAAUAAUUUUAAAAGUAGCUGUUAAAUACACGUGUAUUACUAGGAAAAUAACAAUAAAACACAAAAUAAAAGUUUCAAUUUUCUUUUUAAUUGCAGUUCUUCAAGCUUUGUUACCCAGUGCUGUUUUAUUUCUCUGUUUGUAUGUAAUUACGUCAUUUCUCUCAUUAAA